AUGUCUCAAAAUGCCUACGCGUACAGUCACCGUAUCACCGUCCCCGCCAACCACCCCGCGGGCAACCCCAGCACGCUCGUCACCGCCCGCGGUGGUCCAAAGGGGCACGGUGGUCUCUCCUUCCCAUCCCACGCCCUCUUCCACGCCAUCGAAGACAUAGCUGCAUGGCAGGGCCCCGCUGCACCGUGUUCUGACGAUGCGGUAGUUCAGUUGCUCGCGGGCAUGGUCGAUGAGCUGGAGCAUUAUGGAAAUCGGGGGUAUGGGCGGCUGAAAGCGUGGAUAAACUACCACAGUGAUGCUGUUCGGAAAGCGGGUAGGUCGAAAGGAGGGCGGGAGAAGGGCCGGGAGGGUGUUGGUGUGGCUUGGCUUCUGGAAGAGGGACGUCGGUUCAGGGACCUUUCGUUGUGUUAUUUCGAGGUUGCGGGUCAGGAGCAUGAGCGUGAGCGGAAGGAUCGACGGAGGGGGAUGAUGGUUGGGAAUUGA